AUGUCGGGCGGUAGCGGAGCUCAGGGCCACUUCAUGAUUGGCAAGGGCAAUGGCCCCACAUCGUUCAACUGGCACGGGUCGGUGCCGACGGUCAUGAUAGACAACUGCUUCGAGCCGAACUUUCGCCAAUUCGACUUCUUCUUGGAGAACAACGAGGUGCCGAACGCCGGUGUGGUCGAGCGUGUGUUUAAGCCGGAGGAUGGCGAGUCUCACUGGAACAUGCGCAACAUCAUGAGCACGAACGCACGCUGCACCCCGGUGCUCGUUACGAGUCUCUUUGGCGCCACCUUCGUGAACUUCCUCUACACCCGCUUCCUGAACAAAACCGGCACGUCCGUCCGGUGGUCCUUCUGGGCGUGCUUUGGUAUGAUGCUGGUGUGGAAUAACUUCACCAAGUUUGUUGCCCGCGAGCGGUACUUCCAGCGCGACUUUCAGCGCAAUCAGCUGUACUCGCACGAUGAGCUGCGUCAUCAGCGCGACCAGCAGCGUGUUCGUGAGGCACUGUACGAGAAAAACUUUGUGACCAACCCGGUAGCAGAGUACCGCAUCAAGAUGUGGCAAGUGGCGGACCGGUUUGCGUAA